CAACUUCUUAUUUUCUCUUAUAAAACGCAAGAAAGCUCCGUGUCUGUUUUCAAUCGUUGAACUCAUCUUGGUCGUUAACUUAAACUGAUUGCUCGCCUGUAUAUAUCCACUUGCCACCAUGACUGUUAAGAACACUACAAAUGGCAAUGGCAAUAUCAGAGCUGCGAUUAUUGGUGGAGGUCCAUGUGGCUUAGGUGCCGCAAUUGCUCUCUCCAAGCUAUCCUUCGUUGAUUGGACUCUGUAUGAGAAGAAGCCGGAGAUCAGCGAGACAGGUGGCGGUAUCAGCCUUCAACUACAUACAUGGAAGAUGCUUGAAUGGAACGGGUCAGCCAAGAACAUUAAGCCCAAUGACCUAUUCAGGUCUCCUGACGGUAUCAGUGGACAACAGCGCAACGGGCGAACUGGUGAGCUUAUUGAGCAAAGCUAUCAUCCCGAAGAUACACCCAUUCACCAACGCAGUGGCCGUCAGCGAAGAGCAAAGCUGCAAGCAGCUCUUCUCAAAGAGGUCGAUGCGUCUAAAAUCGAGCUCUCCAAGAAGCUCGUGGGCAUUGAAAAACUGUCAAGUGGCAGAGUCAUCAUUCGAUUUGAGGAUGGCUUCACGGAUGAGGUUGACCUCCUGAUUGCUGCAGAUGGCAUAAGAUCGGUCGUCCGGUCGUUUACUUUUCCCUCGCACAAAAUCAAAUACAAUGGGCAGUCCGCAUAUCGCACCAUCAUCAGCAAGUCUGAAGUUAAUGCUCUUGGCACGAUCCCCCAAGCAUCAACAUUCUGGCAGAAUCUAGGCGGCAGAUAUGUAUUUACGAGCCCGCUUGGGAACGACGAUUUUGAAGUUACAGCACGUAUCUCCCGACCGUCAGAAGGGCAAGAUCACGUCAGUUGGGGUCGGCCCUUUGACUUCAGCACACUCGUCCACGAGUACGAUGAAUUCUGCGAGCCCGUUCGCCAAAUUGUUCGACUGGCAGCAAAGGGGGAUACUCAAGAAUUUGCUCUGUUCUCUGGGCCGCGACUUGAUCGAGUAGUUGCUCUUGAUUCGAUAGCCCUGACCGGAGAUGCUUCUCAUCCCUUGUCAGGAGCAUUUGGAGCGGGAGCCGGAUUUGCCCUCGAGGAUGUGUAUACACUCUCCAAAACCCUUGAGUGGGCUUGGACUCGAGGCGGGGGUAUCAAGGCUGCACUGGAGUUAUACGACCGUAUCAGGUCACCGCAUUAUCAUGACCUAUAUAAUGUCCUGGACUGGUAUGCAGGCAUUGGCAAGGAGAUUGCGGCAGAGGGGCUAUCCGUGGACCAGGAAAUUGAGGCAAAGGUCAGAAGAACAAAGGGCAAUAAAUCGAACUGGAUGUAUUCCUACGACAUCCAGACUGUCGUCGAUAAUGUCCUUGAGGGCUUGAAUAGCAAGGACAACUGAGCGACAAAGUAGGGGCGUUCAGUUCCCCAACAAAUCUUUGCAUACAAAGAUCACGCUGCGUAUUAUCGAUAUCUUACACGUAUAAUAUCUUCAAAUGUUGCAAAGAACAAAAAUUGUUGAGGCUCGUCUUUUCUGUGUCACAAGAACGGUCGCUGUCACGCCCGCAAGUCACAAGGGCUCUGUGGCCGGCUGCACCGGACACGACAGAAAGGCAUUCAAUUGCCACGAUGCAAGGCUGACGGCAUUCAAUUGCCGGGGAUCCUUUAAAGGCAUGGGACAUUAUUAUCCAAGUCCAGCCGGUUUUGAAUGCGGAUCAUCCGGCCCCGAAAAGUGUCAUGCAGUUGAUGGCCGACACGUCUAAUGUGGAGUCAACCACUUAAGCGGAAUCGGCCGAGGUAGACAGAUUAAACCGCGGGUUUAGAUGGAAAUCGGGAGACGAUGCAAGUCAAACAGCAUGAAGAUGUUGGAGUAAGGGAGACAACGUGGCAUAGGAGGUGAGCAAAAGAAUGCGGCGGUGAGGAAAAGGACUGUACGAGACUUGCAUGAAUAAUGCGAGCAAGUGGACUUGGAGCUGACCAUAGCAUUAUGCGCUUCUUUGCGCGAAUAUCGUGUCAAGAUCAAGAGAACAGCUAAAAUAGGUACAUGCAAAUGAUCAACAUAUUGACGAUCUCUAGCUACGGCGUUUGAUACUGUAGAUCUUCCAGAAUGGGGAAACGGACGAUAGUUACUAUGACGUUUCGAGACGUGGCUGGUCAGAGGAGCAUCUUGACAGCCAAGUACUCACCCUGUACCACUCAGUUGGAAGCGGUGAUCUUAGCAGGGUCUCAGUGACACUCUUGCAUCCGGUUGCUGUUGGGGAUUGGAUGGAACAUCCAUUCACGAUGUUUGCUGGGUUGUUGAAUGACGGUGAACAAGUAAGCGCAUGAUGAAGGGAACAGUUCUGUCGGGUCUGUCAGUCUAAUGCAUUCACAAAUACAUCAAUAAAUCCUUCUGACUGUGAGAAUAAGCCACGCCACUUCAGAGGCUCAGUAAUUUACGACGUUCUGAUAUUACAAACUAGGCACGUUGAAUGAGGAGCGUUUUGGGACAACCUGAGUUGGGGUU